GUCUGCCAAAGGGGUGUUGAUUUCUUCUCUUACCUUGCUGACAAACUGCAUGACAUCUUUACAUCUGCCUGUAUGUCCAAAUUCAAACUCAUCCCCAGCAGUUCAGCGAUGUAAUUUUCCUACCUAAGUAUAAAUUAUAAGACAAUUAUUCAACAGGUGUUUGUACUUGUGCAAAGACCCUUUGUGAGUGCAACAUGAAGUACUGCAGCACACGCGGCCAGGAGGCGGGUCUGACCUUCAAGCAGGUGUUAUUUGCAGGUUAUGCGAAGGACCUUGGGCUGUACAUGCCUGAGGAUGUCCCAGUGCUGGGGCCAGAGGAACUGCAGCAUCUCAAGGGCUGUUCCUUCCCAGAGCUGGUGUGCGAGAUUGCCAGGAAGUUUAUUGACGAGGCAGAGAUUCCCACUACAGAUCUAGAGGAGGUUAUCAAGGACAGUUUAAAGAGGUUCAGAAUCCCCGAGGUGGUGCGGGUGGAGAAACUGAAGGGUGGCCUCAACAUCGUAGAGCUCUUCCAUGGCACGACCCUCGCCUUCAAGGACCUGGGGCUGAGUGUGGUGUGUGGGCUGCUUUCCUACUUCCUCGCCGAAUCUUCCCGCCACGUCACCGUUCUCGUGGGCACAUCUGGGGACACAGGCAGCGCAGCCAUUGAGGGGGUGCGGGGCCGGGCCAACAUGGAUAUAGUGGUGCUGCUGCCAAAGGGUCGCUGCACUGCCAUCCAGGAGCUGCAGAUGACCACCGUGCUGGAGGACAAUGUGCAUGUCUACCGGGUUGAUGGCAGCUCAGAUGAUCUCGACCACCCCAUCAAACAGUGUUUUGCUGACACACAACUGGUGGCCAAACACAACCUCAUCUCCGUCAACUCCAUCAACUGGGGCCGCAUUCUGGUCCAGGUGGCCCACUUCUUCUACACGUACUUCCAGCUGUGUGAGGAGGUGGGCUGCCCUGUGGAGGUGGUCAUCCCUACAGGGGCCUGCGGCAACAUUACAGCUGGUUGCAUUGCUCAGAAGAUGGGCCUUCCCAUUACACUGGUGGCAGGGGUGAACACCAAUAACAUCGUUGCCAGAACACUGGGCGAAGGAGAUUUUUCCGUCAAGGGGGAUGUGGUCACCUCCCUAGCACCUGCCAUGGAUAUACAGGUGCCUUACAACGUGGAGCGCAUGAUGUACCUGUACGCCAACAAGGACACAGCCAGGGUGCGGCAGCUGAUGCAGGAGUUUGAGAAGAGUGGCAAGGUGACUAUCCCUGAAGACAUCAUGAAGGCCAUGAAGACAGGUUGUACAGGAACCUUCACCGUGGAUGAUGAUGAAAUAACCAAGACCUUACGCAGAGUCCACCAAGAGCACCACUACGUCCUGUGCCCACACACUGCAGUGGCUGCCGCCUACCACUACAGUGCCACCAGGAAAAUAGGGGAGAAGAGUCCACCAAAAGGCUACAUUGCCACAGCCUCACCAGCCAAGUUCCCCGAGGCCCUGCAGAGAGCUGGGCUGGAGCCGGUGACAGACCUUGUGGCCCACCUGCACUCCCUUCCCACCCGCUCUGUUGAGAUGAAGAAGGGGGAGGACUGGUACUCGAUGCUAAAGGCGAAGAUUGAGUCCAUCUCUGCUGGAAGAGCAAAAGCUUAAGAGGCAGAUAACUUCUACCAUAAGCCUGAAAGAUGCCCUGGAAAGUCCUAAACCUUGUCAUUAGGUGCCACUGAACAAAAGCUGGCAGAGACAGUUUGCACAUAGCAUAGGUCGCAGAAACAGGUAAUUUGUAGAUAGUUUAUAUAGAGGUAAAGUAAAGUAGAGGAAACCUAUAGAUAGUUUAUAUAUAUGGCUAAAAAAGUAGAGAAGAGCCUAGAUAUUUUAUUUACAUAUGAACUUGAGUAGAUACUUGAAAUGAAGUGGUUGGUGAAAGGUUUCCAAAGAGCUGUCUUGCGUAGAUUGACUGGCCUCUUCCAGACUUCUCAUGAUGUUGUGUCCUUGUUGAGUUUGUGCCAUAUUAGUUUGUUAUCGAGAAGAAAAUGUAGACCUUAUUUUAACUUAGUCUACUACAAGGCAUAAGUCACGUGAUCUCUCUUACACCUUAUAUAUCACCAAUAUACCCACCACUUACACCUCAGUACCUUCUCUCAACACCACUUCCUCACCACCAUCACCACACAUCAUACCACCUUUCACCACCCACACCACACCAUACCCGUGAGGAAAAGGAGGCAGAAAACAACAACAAAAUAAAACGUAAUAGAUAAAGGCCUAAACAAAUAAAUACACAUGUAAUAAAGAACCAGACAAAAAUACAGAAAAUGAAUUAUAAGAUACAAGUACAUAAACAAUGAAUUACUAUAUGUAUUGAAUGUCACGGUCUUCUGCAGUAAAUUAAUGCUGAUGCUUACAUUAUAUAUUUAUUUAGAAGUGAUGGAAAGGAUAGACUUUAAGAUUCCUUUCCCUGAGCAGCUUCCUGACUCACUAAAAAUAUUAUGAUUAUCUGUUGAUGAUUUAUAAUGAUCCAAGCUUAGGAAAAGAUAGAAAGCCUAUAAUACAUAAUGUGACCUCAUAAUCUAUAAUCUAUAAAAGGUAGAAAGCCUAGACUUCAUCAAUUAUUACUUAACUAUAUUUUUCUGAGAAGUUUUCUGACACAUUAAACUCAUUUUUAUACUUGUGUUUCCAUAAUCUAUAAUCUAAAAAAUGUUAGAAAUCCUAGACUACAUAAAUGGUUACUCUUUGAUUCUGUGAGGACCUUGAGACUCACUAAAAGUUUAAUGUUAAGGUGUGUUCAUGAUUUAUAACUAUACAGGAAAGGUGAGGAGCAUCAUCUGUUUACAUUUGCUGCCCUUGGUCUGUAUGUUUGAGUGUCUCCCAGACUUACUCAAUUUAUAUGCUUGUGUUUCUAUUUUCACGAUGACCCAGAGAAGGUGAGAGUCUUCUUAUUGAUGUUACUUUGCACCGGGAUACUUCUGAGCAGUUGUCUGAUAUAACUUUGUUUUAGUUUUGUUUUGAGCAGCUCACACAUAUCAAUUUACUUCUUUAUAUUUGUGCAACUUUCAUUUAUUAUUUUUUUUCUGUAUAGUUUUUAAGCACUUUAUUAUCAGUUUAUUUAUUUAUUAUUUUAGCAACUCCGAGAAAUCUCUUUAUAUUAGUUUAUCCUUUGAACAGCUUCCAGACAUCACUUGAUAAUUUUACAUGCUGUCAAGUCCCGACAUUUUAAUGGUGCUACUUAUCAUAAUCAUCAUCUAAACAAUUUAUAUCUAAGACUGCAUUCUUUAAUAGGUAAAGGUAUAUGUGAAUGACAAUAAUACAGAAAUUAAGAUUAUUAUAUAUUCAACAAAAUAUAUAUAGAGAGAGAAUACUUGCAUCAUAGAGUAUAUUUGAAUGAUAUAUAUGCAAACUCCUGGUGAGUGUGAAAGUUUAAAGUCAAAUUGUUUUAAGAAAAGGCUUUUAUGAUCCUGCUGAGUAAGAUUUAGAACAGGAACUGACAACUCUUAAAAUAAUGUUUAAACAAGUACCAUCUGGUCUUUAAAACAAGGGGAGGAGGGAUGUAACAUUAGGGAACCAAGUCUGUAUAUAUGCAACAGGGAGGCUUGGAAAUAUAUAUGCCUGGAGCUGUCUGUUGCCUGCUCUUCAAU